AUGAGCCCGAGGAUGCUGGGCGUCCCACCACCACCCACAUUUCUACCACCCCAGAUGUACAUGACCCGCCACGUCCCCGCCCCCUACCCCCACGGGCUUCCGGCACCUCUGCACCCGUUUACUCUUGCAGAGAGACUGGCAGAUAUGAUAUUCGAGGCACGUUACGGUCCACACCGGAAGCAGCGACGUAGCCGCACGGCAUUCACGAACCAACAGCUGGCGGCGCUGGAGAAGACGUUCUCCAAGACUCACUACCCGGAUGUGGUUAUGAGAGAGAGGCUGGCCAUGGUGACCAACCUUCCAGAGGCAAGGAUACAGGUGUGGUUCAAAAACAGGCGAGCCAAGUUCCGUAAAAGGAACAAGCUUCCGGCAACAAACGCCACAGGCGUUUCGUCAACAAGCACCAGCAGUAGCAGUAGUACAAGCGCGUGCCACGAUGACAACGAGGCAACUUGUCCUGACUUUGGGCAAGAUAGGGAAACAGUGGGACGAGAUGAACCGGGGGCGGCGAGUACUGAAAUUACAACAGAGGAUGAGAAUGUUGAUGUAGAUGGACACUCGGAAACCAGCUGCGAGGAAUUAGACAACACACCUUGUAAUCAUGGUAAGGUGGUAUUCUUAUUGAUCGAUUAUUUUAUCCCAAACCACAAAGGGAUUGCCUUUGGCCUUAAAAGUACUCCUGGUUCAGAUAACACGGCUCUUCCUAAGAAAUAG